AACAGGAUUUAUCUGAAAACAUCACCGUGUGUCGUCACGUCCCUACGUUCAGGUUCCCACAUCAUCAACGUGGUGUUUGUCAACUAAUCUGUUGUUUGUCACAGACUGGAGUCAGUGAGCAGGAAGGUCAUAAAGGUCACAGCAGGCCUGCAGCCCUCUGUGGACGCUCACUGAUUCGUCCAGCGGCCCCGAUGUUCCACUGUGACGAGAAACAAUCAAUGACUUUAUCCAGAGCAGCGUCGUCUGUCAGGGCAGCUGCACACACACACACACACACACAGAUGGAUGCACAUCAACCAACAGACAGAGAAAAUGAGGUGAACUUGGUUUGACUGACGAGGACGGCAGCGUCUGAUCAGUGAGAGUUCAUGAUGGCUGCUGACGUGGACAUGCUGAACCUGGUCGUCAUCGCCGCGGCAACACUGGCCGUCCCUAUUCUGGUGUUCAUGGCGUCCUUCCUGCUGUGGCCCUCAGCUCUCAUCAAAGUCUAUUACUGGUACUGGAGGAGGACUCUGGGUCUGAAGGUCCGGUCUGCAGACUGUGCUGGUUAUCGUUUCAGCUUCUCCUACAGAGGGAAACCUGACUUCAGACCCUCCAUCCUGAUGCUGCACAGUUUCUCUGGCCACAAGGACACGUGGCUCAGUCUGAUCAAGUAUCUGCCAAAACAUCUGCACCUCGUGUGUGUGGACAUGCCUGGCCACGAGGGAACCACACGCACCAACACAGAGGACUACUCUAUUCCAGGACAGGUCAAGAGAAUCCACCAGUUUGUGGAAACCGUUCGAUUGAACAGGAAACCCUUCCACCUGGUGGGAACCUCCAUGGGGGGCAACGUGGCCGGGGUGUACGCAGCCUGCUACCCAUCAGACAUCUGUAGCAUCACUCUGAUCUGCCCCGAUGGUGUCAGACAUCCCUGUGAGACCAAGUUUGACAACCACCUGCAGGACCUGGAGCAGAGCAACUUCACCCUGAACAUCCCUCUGAUCCCCACCACACCUGAGGAGAUGGAGGACAUGUUCAGACUGUGUUCCCACGUCCGCUUCAGGAUCCCUCAGCAGAUUCUCCAGGGUCUGCUGGAUGUUCGUCAGCCACACAACACUUUUUAUCAGGACGUGUUCAUGGAGAUUAUUGGUGAGAAAUCCAGGUUUGCUCUACAGGAUCAUUUACAUCUGAUCACAGCGCCCCUACAGGUGAUAUGGGGAAAACAAGACCAGGUGGUGGAUGUGUCUGGAGCUGCGGUCAUUGCGGAGGUGGUGCCUGGUUGUAGACUGGACCUCCUGGAGAACUGUGGUCACUCCGUGGUCAUGGAGCGGCCCUGUCGCACGGCCAAGCUGAUCCUGGAGUUUGUCAUCGACCAGCAGGAGAAGAGGGGCAGCGCCAAGAAGUCGUCCUGACGGAGUCACAGACCUCACGUCCUAACUCUGGACCUGGUGCCACGUCUUGAGCCACCUUGUUAUUCUGACUUCACAUUACAUUAAAGGCAUAUUUCAAAUAUGUUCAAAACAUUUUGGUCUUUUAUUUAACCAUACAUAUACAGGAAGUCACGGUGAGACCCAAGAUCUGGUUCUCAGGAGAUAAACCAGGUGAACCAGGUGAUGAACAAACAACAAUUAGUUGGAGGUAACCAUGACAACAAUACUGGAAAAUGUUUUUCUCUGUUUACUUUGCACAGUUCAUGUUCUUGC